AUGGCAAAUUUAGAUGCUGGGACGAGUAGUGGCAGUGCAGGAGGAGGCAAGUAUCAAGUAUUCUUGAAUUUCUGUGGCCGAGAUACUCGAGAUGGAUUCACUAGCUUCCUUCAUCGAGACUUGAAAAAUAAUGGUAUUCAUGCCUUCAUGGAUGACGAGGAACUUCGAGUCGGCGAAGAAAUUGGUGUAGAGCUCCUACAAGCAAUCGACGACUCCCAGAUCUAUGUACCCAUCUUCUCAGAAAAUUAUGCCAGUAGAAAAUGGUGUCUCCAAAGGCCAUGGGAGAGCUCAGAGCACGAUAAGAAGCAACAGGAGAAGUUUCCCCACGAAGUAGAAUCCUGGGAGGGAGAACUCUUGGAGAAGGCUCAUACGAAGGUCGGUAAAAUCAAGGGUUGGGUGUUGCAACAAGGCAAAAGCCAAGCAAAAUUUGUGGACUUGGUAGUUGAAGAGGUUUUGCAGGAGCUGAGGCUAAGAGAAUAUGGUGAAGUGAGGUUGCUUGGAAUUCAUGGAAUGGGGGGCAUCGGUAAAACCACUCUAGCUAGGGUCGUCUACAGUGAACUUCUUUCUCACUUUGGAAAGAAUUGUGCCUUCUCUGAUGAUAUUCGAGAAACAUUUAACAGGAAGGGCCACGCGCUCCAACUUUUCAAGAGGCAUGCAAUUUUGGAAGGCUCUCCAGCAAGGGAUGUUGACGACCUCUCAAUAGAUAUUGUCGAUACUACUGGGCGCCUUCCUUUGGCCCUUCAAGUUAUAGGUUCAUCACUUUAUGGAAAGCCCAAUAAUAUAUGGGAGAAUACAUUAAAACAGUUAAAGAAAAUACCGAAUCCACAAGUACAAGAGAAAUUGAGGAUUAGCUUCAACGCCCUAAAUGAUCAUGAGCGUGAUAUUUUUCUUGACAUUGCAUGCAUUUUCAUCAAUGAGGAUAUUACUAAUGCCAAUUACAUGUGGGAGGCUUGUGAAUUUUAUCUUGACAUUGAGGUCCUUGUUAGGAAGUCCUUGAUCAAGAUAAUGAACAACAAAUUUUGGUUGCAUGACCAAUUGAGAGACUUAGGACGGGAAAUUGUUCGUCAAGGAAGUGCUGAAAAUCUAAAGAAGUGGAGUAAGGUGUGGACUAGCAAGGAUUUCCUUGAUUUCAUGAGAACCGAACAGAGGUACGAAGAUGUUGAAGCACUUGAUAUGCAGUGGUUUAAUAUCUCAAUUAGCCAUGAAGAAAUUAGAAGAUUUAAAAGUUUGAGAACUCCAGACUUGUCUAAAUGCCUGGAUUUAGAGAGGUUGACUUUUGGUGGUUGUAAGAGUUUGAAGAAAAUCGACAACUCCAUUGGAAAGCUAAAGUGCUUGCUUGACUUGGAUAUCACCAAUUGUAGGCUUAUUGAACAAGUGCCUGAUGUUGGAGGGCUAGUGAAGCUUGAGCGCUUCUCUUUGAGUGGCUGCGAGAAAGUAGGCGGACUCCUCGCCUCUAUUGGCGACUUAGCAUCAUUGAGAAAAUUGGACCUUUCAUAUACUAGAAUUACAACCCUGCCAAAGUCCAUUGAAAAGCUCUGGUGUUUGUCAAAUCUCUGUUUGAAAGGCACUUAA